AAGCAAUGUCAUAUAAAAUACAUCCUCUUCCAAUAGUUUUUAAUAACAAACAUUUUAAGUUUCCAAUAAUCAUGGGUCUAAUCGCCUGCAGAGCGUUUGUGUUUGUUUUGCUAUUUGCUUUGGCCGCAGAUUUUACUAUGGGAGCAUCAGAGUUGGGUGAUGACAAGCACUUGUUUCCUCACCCUCACCCUCGUCCUCUCCUCCACAAAGGUGGCAUCUACAAGAAGGGCUUCAAAAAAGGCUUGGGCGACUUAGGCGGUGGAGGCGGCUUUGGAUCAGGUGGCGGUUGGAUUGGAGGCAGCAUUGGAGGCUUUGGUGGUGGAAUAAGCGGUGGAUUUGGUGGCGGUGGAGCCGGUAAAGGAGUUGACGACGGUGGAUUCGGCAAAGGAGUUGGCGGCGGAGUCGGUAAAGGAAUUGAUGGUGGAGCCGGUAAAGGAGCUGACAAGGGAGCUGAUGGUGGAGCCAUUGGGGGAAUCGUCGGAGGAACUGGUAAAGAAAUUGGUGGAGGAGCCGGUAAUGAGGUUGGGGGAGGAAUUGGCGGUGGAGGUCACUGAGGAUUUGGCAAACCGUUGUGUGCAUUGCCGAGGGGCUAUAAUAAUCCCCAUGCAUGAGUAUUGCCAUUUAACUAUUUAAGUAAACUAAUUCGUUAAAAUCUAAACAUAUGAAAUAAUAACUGAAAUGUCUGUCGUUUCCCUUUAAUUGUUUUCCACUUUUCCUCUUA